AAAUAAUAAUAAUAAUAACAAUAACAUUAGUAUAGUAGUUAUUAUUAUUAUUAUUAUUAUUGAAGAGAUAGAUCAAAUAAUUAUAAAUUGAAAAAAAAAGAAAGAAAGAGAUGAGGGGAGAAUGGAGAAGCUGUUAUUUGGACAUAAUAUUGGUUCCAUUAGGGUUCUUAAUAAGCAGUGGAUAUCAUGCAUGGCUUUGGCAUAGAGUUCGAACUCAGCCUUUCACUACUCUCAUUGGUAUCAACACUAAUGCUAGACGUUUUUGGAUCUCUUCCAUUUUACAGGAUAAUGAGAAGAAAAACAUCCUAGCCGUCCAAUCACUAAGGAACACGAUAAUGGGAUGCACCCUAAUGGCGACCACUUCAAUUCUCCUGUGUACGGGGUUAGCGGCAGUAUUAAGUAGCACAUACAGCAUAAAGAAGCCCUUGAACGACGCUGUUUAUGGCGCACACGGCGAUUUCAUGUUAGGCCUUAAAUACGUUACUUUACUAACUCUCUUCCUCUUCUCUUUCUUUUGCCAUUCCCUCUCCAUCAGAUUCAUCAAUCAGGUCAAUAUUCUCAUCAACAUUCCUCCAGGCGCUGCCUCCAUAACCACCGAUUACAUCUCUGAUCUCCUUGAUAAAGGAUUUAUUCUCAACACCGUCGGCAACCGCCUCUUCUACGCCGCCCUCCCUAUGCUCCUCUGGAUUUUUGGCCCUGUUUUGGUCUUCGUUUGCUCUGUUUCUAUGGUGCCUGUUCUUUAUAAUCUCGACGUCGUUUGUUCCCACACUACUGCAAAACGGAAGACCAUCGUCGCCGGUGGGGGUAAUGGUGAGCUCAGUAAUGUUUAGGAUUUGCUUUUGUUAUGGAUAAUGGAUGUAUGUAAAUUGAAAUAAUUACAAUUUUAUUAGCAGUAUCGACCUAAAGGCUUGGCUCGAUCCCGGUAAAUUACUCGUCCAAUCCUCUUGUUCAAGCUAACUAUAAAACCUUCAUCAAUAAAAUUUUUGCAUUUGUGAUUAUAAA